AUGCCGAUAGAUUACGUCUUCCCGAAACCACCACGGUCCCUGGCCGGAAAAGUGGCCAUCGUCACGGGUGCGGGCGCCCACGGCGACGGAAUCGGCAACGGCCGUGCGUCUGCGAUCCUCCUCGCGGAUGACGGGUGCAAGGUUGUCUGCGUGGAUCGCGACAUUGCCCUGGCGCAGCGUACGGUCGAGAUGAUCGAGGCCGAGGGCCACCACGGGGCGGCGAUCGCGAUCCACGCCGACGUGACGGACGAGGCGCAGUGCAAGGGCAUCGUGGACACGGCACUCGACAAAUUCGGCAGGCUGGACAUCCUGUUCAACUGCGUGGGCAUUGGCGGCGCGGCGGGCACGGCCGUCGAGGUGGACAUGGCCGCGUGGGCCAAGUCGCUGGAGAUCAACGUGUCGAGCAUGGUCAUGAUGGCCAAGUACGCGAUCCCGGCCAUGGCCAAGAACGACGACGCCUGGGGCUACCGCGGCAGCAUCAUCAACAUGGGCAGCGUGGCCGGCAUCCGCGGCGGCACCCCGCACCUCCUCUAUCCCACUAGCAAGGGCGCCGUCGUCAACAUGACCCGCGCCAUGGCCGCGCACCACGCCCCGCAGGGCAUCCGCGUCAACUGCGUCUGCCCCGGCAUGGUCUACACGCCCAUGAUGUACGCGGCCGGCAUGACCGACGAGGCCCGCGAGGCCCGCAAGAACCGCAGCCUGCUCAGGACCGAGGGCAACGGCUGGGACGUCGGCUGCGCUGUACGGUUCCUCGCGGGGCCCCAGGCACGGUGGAUUACCGGGCUGAUCAUGCCCAUUGACGCGGGCGCCACGGCGGCGGUGGGCACGGACAUUCCGCGGUCGGCGAGUGUUAAUGGUUGA